AUGUUAGCAAGUAGUCAAACACUUUCUUCGUUCAAUCUGUCGUCUACUAAAUCAAUCAUCGAUGAUUUAAAUUUAGUACAACAAAGAUUUGUGAACCAACUUCCUCUCAUCAUCACUGUUCUCGGUCUCAUUGGAUUUAUUGGCAAUCUCUUCACAUUUCUUCAACCAAAACUUCGAAACAACUCAUUCUGCAUCUACACACUCACAGCUUCGUUUAUCGAUAUCAUCAAUCUAUUUGUCAACCUUUUCCCACAAUAUCUUAAUCCAACGUCAGACAGUGCUUCUUCAUUCAUUUCUGACAAGUUAAUAUGUAAACUAAGACUAUUUUCGGUGGUAUUUUUUCCUCAGUUGUCCUUAGAUCUCUUGAUGAUGUCUCUAAUCGAUCGAUAUGCCUGUACUUUCGAUCCAACCUCUCGAAUGUCUCGUCUAAUACGGUUAAAAACGGUGCCAUGGAUGAUCUUCAUCACUACGGCUGUCAGUUGUGUUGCAUCACUAUAUUCUCCUCUGACGUACGACAUUAUUCCCGGUUAUGGAUGCGGUGCAACAAAUCCAACGGCAAAUGCUAUUGCUUAUAUAAGCAUUCAUGGAAUCCUCACACCACUGGUAAUGUUGAUCUUCGUAUUUUUCACCUAUCGGAAUAUUGUACAACAUCGUCAAAGAGCUGGUGGAGCACUAACAACAGAAAGAAACCGUCGUCGAAAUCAUUUCAUUGGAAUGGUGUUUGCUCAAGUGUUUGUCAGCAGUUUUUUUGUACUAUUGUGGAUCGGAGUGUAUUGGUACUUUUUGACAAUACAAAAUAGCAAUCAAAGUGCAGAAGAAUGGGCAAUCGUCGGUUUUCUGAUGAGUUUAACAAACAAUUUAUACUAUUUGAUUCAUGUGAGAUCGUUUUAUUUAUCAACAUUAACAUCCAACUUAUUCCGCAAAACGAUGAUUGCAGGUGUGCUGAAAUUGUUCUCGCAAACUUUAUAUCAUCGAUGGAGAGGAAGAAAUGCUUUUAUCAGUAACCUGGCUGUAACGAUGCGAGUCGGACAAAACCGUCAAGAAGAUACCGCGAAUCAACUUCGUAGUGUGUUGUAA